AUGGCUGCAAUCAAGAAUAUCCUCAUGAAGCUCUCGCCUGCGGCGAAAAAGAGCGAAGAUGGACGCGACAUGUUCUCGAACCGCAUCCAAUUCGUUCUCUGUGCCAUGGGCGGUGCCGUUGGUCUCGGCAACCUGUUGCGCUUCCCAUCCGUCGUGUACAACAACUACGGUCUCCAAUUCUUCAUCCCGUACCUGAUCGCGCUCUUCUUCGUCGCUUUGCCAGUCCUGGUCCUCGAGAUCUCCCUCGGAAGCGUUUACCGUGGUGGCCCGGUUCUCGCGUGGCACAGCAAUAACAAGCGCGCCAAAGGCAUUGGUCUAGCGGUCGUCUUCAAUGGCUACGUUGUUGUUACUUACUACGUUCCCCUCCUAGCAUGGAUCAUGAAGUACUUCUCCCGCAGUUUUCAAAGCCCCCUGCCAUGGAAAGACCAGGACCUCAGCGAAUACUUCGCCAACGUCAUCGUUGCCAACACGGACGCAGCUUCAACUGGUAGCUUCAAUCCCGAUGGCAGCGUCGCUUCGUACACUCAAUACGUCGGGACUGGUAUGCUCGGAGAGACGGCAGGUUGGGCCAUCUUCACCUGGUUCGUCACCUGGUUGUGCGUCUUUAGGGGUGUCGGUAUGACCGGGCGCGUAAUCUACGUUACCAUGGGUCUCCCGCUGGUUCUCAUCAUCAUCCUCAUCGGCCGUGGAGUCUCGCUGCCUAAUGCUGGAGAAGGCAUCAAGUUAUACUUUGCAACAUGGCGCACCAGUGCACUUGAGAGCCCUCAGAUCUGGCAAGCGGCUUUCGGUCAGAUCUUCUUCUCCAUUGGUGUUGGCUUUGGAUACUUCACAUCUUGGGCGUCCUACUGCUCGGCGCACUCCAAUGCCGUGCAAGAUGCUCUUAUCAUUGCUUUCAGCAACUCCGCUGUUGAAGUCAUCGCUGCUUUCUCAGUCUUCGGAGUUAUCGGCUAUCUUGGCAUUGAUCCCUCGAGCGGCACGCAGCUCGGUACCUUCGUCACAGGAUUCAUCACGUAUCCUGAGGCUCUUGCUCAGAUGCCAGGUGCUCCGUUCUUCUCCGUCGUCUUUUUCUUCACCCUUUUCCUCCUCGGUCUCACAUCCGCCUUCUCCCUCCUCGAAGUCAUGACUACCCUCAUCAUGGACACGAACUGGGGCCGCAAACUUCCUCGCUGGGCUGUCUGCACCAUUGUCACUAUCAUCUCUGCUCUCAUUUCCCUGAUCUAUUGCACUGAGUUUGGUCUGCAAGCUUUGGAUGCAGUCGACACCUACGUCAAUGACAUCGCUCUCUUCUUCACAGUCUGGUGCGAGACAUUUGCAGCAACAUCACUCUACCGCUGCCGCGACGUCGCCCACCAAGUCGGCUGGCCCGCAUACCUCAUCUUCACCAUCGGUUUUGGCGUUGCCCAGGGCCUUGGCAUCCGCGUCGCAUACGGAUCGACACCAGGAACUGGCGCCGGUGUCGGUUUCGCCUUUUUCAUCCUCAGCUCUCUCAUCGCGGUCUUCGCAGCCCGAACACCUGCCAUUCCCGGCCCACGAUUCUUCGGUAAAAGCGCAUUCAUGAGCCGCUUCUGGUGGGUCGCUUUCUACCCUGGACACCAGCUUACCCGGGACAUGAAUGUGUUUAUUGGCGUGGGAAAGAACUGGAACAUCCCCUUUUACUGGGCUGUUAUCAUGAAGUACAUCUCCGGUCCCAUCCUCGCUAUCGUCCUCUCCUUCGCCUACCCCAAGUUCACACAACAACAUAUGUUCGACCCCAUCAUGAUCUACGGUUUCAGCAUCGUGCAUCUCGUCGUACCAACCAUUGUUCUGGGUCUAUUAAUGCCAUCGUGGUUCAACUGGAUCAUCCCUUCUGAGAAGAUUCUUCUCGGCGACAAGCCAGUUGCGCCUCUGGAAACGAUUGACAACACGAACGCGAUUAUGGCGAUAGCCAGCGAGGAGACUGGAGCGGCGCCACCGUACGAGGAGCCUAAGAUGAUGGAGACGAAGUCGACGAAGGUUUGA